GAUCCGGGCACAACUGUUUUUUCCGUUUAGAAUGUAAAUCAUCAAAGCCUACAGGAUGGUGGCUAGGCAACGCCUUGGCGCAGUCAUCAUCUUCAAUCCGGCCUCUUGGUUCUCUUUACCUCCUCGGAGAAACUGGAAAGCUUUGCAAAUUCAAUUAGCCGCCAUCUUUGUUAGGGGUACCGUGACUUCCGGUUGGGGCGGAAGAGAACCUAAUGGGUUUGGGGGAGGUGCCUGAAUACGGUUUGAGAGUCUGUUUGAGUUGGGUGAAGAAGGCGGGAAGUUAAUCCUCUUCCAAUCAGCUCCCCAUCUCGCCCUCUGGCGGCUCCGGACCACAGGCCGAGUUACUGUGAUUACCGGCAUGCUCCUAGACCGGCACUGACAGUCCCCACGUGAGGGACCGCGGUGGGAGUCCUAAAUGGGGGAGGAGGGGACGGGCGGCACUGUGCAUCUGCUGUGCCUCGCGGCCUCCAGCGGGGUCCCCCUAUUCUGCAGGAGCAGUCGCGGCGGCACCCCCGCCCGUCAGCAGCUCCCGUUCUCUGUCAUCGGUUCCCUCAAUGGAGUCCACAUGUUUGGGCAGAAUCUGGAGGUGCAGCUGAGCUCUGCGAGGACCGAGAACACGACUGUGGUGUGGAAAAGCUUCCAUGACAGCAUCACCCUCAUUGUUCUGUCAUCUGAGGUGGGCAUCUCUGAGCUGAGGCUGGAGAGACUACUCCAAAUGGUGUUUGGAGCCAUGGUCCUUCUUGUGGGACUUGAAGAACUGACCAAUAUCCGCAACGUGGAGAGACUGAAGAAGGACUUGAGGGCCAGUUAUUGCCUCAUCGACAGCUUCCUAGGGGACUCGGAGCUCAUCGGGGACCUGACCCAGUGUGUGGACUGCGUGAUUCCUCCAGAGGGGUCCCUCUUGCAGGAAGCCCUCUCCGGGUUCGCUGAGGCCGUGGGCACGGCCUUCGUCAGUCUGGUGGUGUCGGGCCGGGUGGUGGCAGCAACAGAGGGUUGGUGGCGGCUGGGGACGCCCGAGGCCGUGCUGCUCCCCUGGCUGGUGGGGUCUCUGCCGCCGCAGACCGCUCGCGACUACCCGGUGUACCUGCCGCACGGGAGCCCCACGGUCCCACACCGGCUCCUGACCCUGACUCUGCUGCCGAGCCUGGAGCUGUGUCUACUCUGCGGGCCAAGCCCACCCCUCAGCCAGUUGUAUCCACAGCUUCUGGAGCGCUGGUGGCAGCCACUGCUGGACCCGUUGCGGGCCUGUCUGCCGCUGGGACCCCGGGCGCUGCCCAGUGGCUUCCGCCUUCACACAGACAUCCUCGGGCUGCUGCUCCUCCACCUGGAACUGAAACGCUGCCUCUUCACCGUGGAGCCCUUGGGGGAUAAAGAGCCUUCACCAGAACAGCGCCGGCGCCUCCUCCGAAACUUCUAUACCCUGGUCACCUCCACGCACUUCCCACCAGAGCCAGGGCCACCAGAGAAGACAGAAGAUGAGGUCUACCAGGCCCAGCUGCCCAGAGCCUGCUACCUGGUGUUGGGGACUGAGGAACCAGGCACAGGAGUGCGUCUGGUGGCCUUGCAGCUGGGGCUUCGGCGGCUGCUGCUGCUGCUAUCUCCCCAGAGUCCCACCCAUGGGCUGCGAAGCCUGGCCACCCACACUCUGCAUGCCCUCACCCCACUUCUUUGACUACCUAGCAGUGGGUGAUGGACACAGACAUGGGGCUGUUAGCGUCUCUCUGUUUAUUCGCUCACAAUAAUACACAGCCCCUGGAUGGGGAGGGGGUAGGAGGGGCUACAACAGGGUGGGGUGGGAGGGGAGGAGGCAUCCACUUCCCUGGCCCCUCUCCCCUCUGUGCUUGGGGGGAAAGGGAGGGAGGGGGCUCCCCCUAACCCCCCAGAAUGUAAACAGCAGCAGAUGAACAAAAAUAAAAAUACAAAAGGCCGGAGGAAGGUCCCAGGCAUCCCCCAA